AUGGACAUUAUAAAUAGAAAGUCUGAUAAAGAUAGUAUUGAGUGUUCAGAAGGAUCCUCAGAGAAGUAUCUUAAGGAAGAUAGACUAUCUGCUCCCCCUGGCAUUAGUACCUAUGACACUUUCAGUAUUGAUAAUGUGUUCUGUACAUCAAGCGAGCCAGUUGAUAUUACCUUUAAUGAAGUGAAUACUCAACACUCAGGAGAGAGCAUUGUCAAGCAUGAUAAUAGCUUUAUUCAGGCAAUGUUUAAUUUUAUAAAGUCCUUCAUUGGGAUUGGAGUAAUCUCUAUUGCUUCAAUGGUUAAGCAUGCUGGGAUAGCAAAUGCUGCAAUUUGAAUAAUAUUCACUGCAAUUUUAUCUAUAAUUGGCACAAAUCUUACUAUUAGUGCAAGAGAAAAAAUUCUCAGAGAUGAUUUUGAAAAUGAAGAGUUUGUAGGUAGAAGAACUCUUGAUUCUGUACAAAUUGCCAGGUCAUUUGAAAGUCAAGCCCAGCCACAAAGAGAGGACAGAAUUGAUGCAGAUCAGAAUAGGUCAUUCCAGUCUUUACCUAAUGGUGACAAUGCUUCAUUAGACACAAACCAACUGCUGCUUUAUAACAAUUAUCUCAAGUCAUAUGCAGAAAUGGGGCAGAGAUGAUUCGGAGAGAAUGGAUAUUAUUUUUGAACACUCCUUUUAGCCUUGAACCAAAUAAUAGUGGUCACCGCUUACAUGAGAUUCUUUGAUGAGUACUUUAAAGCGUAUGCAAUGCUUGCAACACUUAUUCCAACUUGAAUGUUUAUGGAUCUCAAAUCGAUCUCUUUAUUUUCUACAAUUUCAAUAUUUCUCAUUGUCCAUUGCUUGUUUUUAAUACUUGGAGUCUCAAUUAGUGAUAUCCCUGAUAGCAAUUUUGAUGAAAUCACUUAUCUCGAAUAUUUUGAAUUCCCUCUCUUCUUUGGAGCUUCUGUCUUUAUGUUUGAGGGAGAUAUGGUUUGAAUGAAUAUUCAAGAUUCUAUGAAAAAUCCAAAACGAUUUAAGUUACUUUCCUUCUGAUCGCUAACCUUUAUCACAGUCAUGUGAUUCAUAGUAUGAUUUAUUCCUUACCUAGCAUAUGGAAAUGGAAUAUCUGAUCCAAUAAUCAACUCUAUAUCGAUUGAGGCAGUUAGAGAUUACCUCAAAGUGGCUUAUACAGCUGCUAUUGGGUUUGGAUGUCCAUUAAUGGUGUAUCCUCUAUGAGAAAUAUGCUACAGAUCUGUUAUCAUUGAUCCAUAUAUUUCUCUGUUCAAAAACUACCCACUGUCAAAGUUCUACAUUGCAGCUGUAGUAUCUUUAUGCUUCUGAUAUUUCUUCAGCAAAGUGAUACCUGGGAUAGGAAGCUUUAUUAAUAUUUCUGGUGCGCUAUUGGGGCCUACUUCAACAAUUAUUAUGCCAGUUGCCUUCUAUUUCAAAGCAUAUGGGAAGGAUGUCCCUAUGUAUGAGUUUUCCCUUUACAUAUCCAUCUGAUUGAUCUCAGGAAUAAUGGGGUUGAUCUCCUUUGUUGCCACAAUAAUUGAUGAAAGUGAUUAACCUAAUCAUCCAUUUCAAUUUGUUCACCCA